AUGGCGUCAGGCGAAAAACAUAAUAUCUACGGGUACAAUCCCUCUCUUCCAGCCGCUAUCAUCUUCAUCAUUCUCUUCGGCAUCACUACCGCUUACCACGGCUAUCAGCUCGUCAGGUCGCGAUGCUGGUACUUUGUGCCAUUUGUGAUUGGCGGGAUCUUCCAGAUCCUAGGAUACAUAUGUCGAGCUGCAUCGCAUGAUAACUUUUAUGGAAUCCCCCUAUAUGCCAUGCAGACUCUAUUCAUCCUGCUCGCUCCGCCACUCUACGCGGCCUCGAUCUACAUGAUCCUCGGGCGAACAGUGACAUAUCUGAACGCGGAACACCUGAGCUUGGUCCCAGUCAAGUGGAUGACCAAAGUCUUCGUGGCAGGAGAUGUGUUCUCGUUCCUUCUGCAGUGCUCUGGCGGCGGUCUUAUGGCUACUGCGGGCUCUAUGCGUGAAACAGGCUCGAACAUAACCAUAGGUGGUCUCGUCGUCCAGCUUCUCUUCUUCGGCUUCUUUGUGGUUGUCACGACGGUCUUCCACUUCCGCAUCUCACGCAACCCAACUGCAAGAUCGCUGUCAGAUCGCGACCAAACUCGCAGUCAGGGGUGGAAACAGCGCAACUGGUUCACCAUCAUCCUCGGACUAUAUAUUGUCAGCUUCUUGAUUUUGGUGCGGUCCGUGUUCCGCUUGGUCGAGUACAAAGAGGGCUACGAUGGGUACACCAUGACACAUGAGGUCUUCAUGUAUAUCUUCGAUGGUCUUCUGAUGCUUUUCGCUAUGGCCGUGAUGAAUGUGUACCACCCCGCUGAGAUCCUAGGCAAUGGAAAAGGUGGGAGCCAGGGGUAUUCGGAUGGAAUGGAGAUGGAAUAA